AUUUGGUAAAUAUUCCAUUUCAAAUAGAGAAAGUUAGAAACAAUCAAACAAAUUGUUUGGAGAUGGGAUGUCAUCAUUAAUUCACUCAUUCACUCAUUCAUAAAAAGGGAAAAAAAUAAAAAAAUAAAAAAAUAAAAAAACAUAUUUGAAAGAAACAAGUAUGUGGGGCCCAAACAAAUAUGGAAGUAGAAAAUGGCCACAAAUGAAACCAACUUAUCUCUGAAACUCAGUCCCGAGUCCCCAGUCCCAAAACUUGGUUUUUCCAAACACAUGCUUGAUGCUAGCCAUUGACAUAAGCUCCCAGCCAUGGCUUCUUACCAAUCAUUAUUCAUACUCGGGCAAAGUAAAACCCCGCCGCACCCACCCCUAUGCUUUGACAACCAUCGCGAAUCUGCAAGAAAACAGCCAAACAAAACAAGAAUCCACAGCAGCUGCAGGCAAUAUCAGACGCCAAGUUCUUACACCACAAGGAAGAAUCAAGCUUAAUGCUUACCCGGAUCGAGAAUUCUAUGCCUUUCCACGCUUCGUUACUCAUGUCGAUGAUGGCUUCAUUUCUACAUUAACCAAUUUGUAUCGAGAAAGGCUGCGCCCUGGAAUCGAAAUCCUCGACUUGAUGAGCUCUUGGGUUAGCCAUCUCCCAAAAGAAGUCGAGUAUAAACGAGUCGUUGGACAUGGCCUAAAUGCUCAGGAGCUUGUCAAGAACUCGCAGCUUGAUUACUUCUUUGUUAAGGAUCUUAAUGAAGACCAGAAACUUGAGUUGGAGAGUUGCAGUAUUGAUGCAGUUGUUUGCACUGUUAGUGUGCAGUAUCUUCAACAGCCAGAGAAGGUGUUUGCUGAGGUGUUCAGAGUGCUGAGGCCAGGAGGAGUGUUCAUCAUCAGCUUUAGCAACAGAAUGUUCUAUGAGAAAGCUGUGAGUGCAUGGAGAGAUGGGUCUGCAUACAGUAGAGUACAAUUAGUCGUCCAAUAUUUCCAAUGUGUCGAAGGAUUUACACAACCCGAGAUUAUUAGAAAGAUACCUGCUUCAAGUGGCGAUGGAGAAGAUAACUCACCAUUCAGUUGGAUUUUGAGGCUGCUGGGUUUGUUGUCAGGUUCAGACCCUUUCUAUGCAGUGUUAGCUCACAAGAACUUCAAGCCUGUAUAUACAACUGAAAACAAUUGAUAGACCCUUGGGGAAAGCAUAAAUCUUCACGUCAAUGUAUUUUUGCAAACAUUAGAAUAAAAAUUUGUUUAGCAAUCGUCAUAA